AUGUCGCGUGAGGCAUCAUCGUCAUCAUCAUUAUCGCUCGAGGCAGUUGGCUGGCAAGCCAAGAAUCCGAGGCUUCCCUUCGAAAUUGUUGAUAUUUGUCAGUCUAGGAUUCUGCCUGAGAGCGAAGCUUUGGACGAGGGUACAGAACUAACUCCCCAAAUUGUACUAGAGACGAGGAUACGAGUGGCAAGAUUGGUUCUAGAGGUUUUAUGCUUGGAUGGCGAUGAUACCACCACAAUAACCAGUCCAAAAUCGGAUGUCUUUGGAGGACCUAGGAUGGAACCGACAUCCGAAGGGACCAAAAAGUUGGUAAAAUGGGCUACGAACUUGAUUUGUCAGUGGUAUAGGGCAGGAAGUGGGUCUCCUUGGAAACACGUUUUAGAAAAGACUUUACAGCAAACGAUAUCAGGAGAUUGGCAUCCACUGGUUUUGAUACUUUCUGCACUUUUGAAAACCAUCCCCACGGAUCUCAGGAAGGCUAUCUUUCUUUCAAUAGUUCCGGCUCUAAACGAAAAAUUGGUUCAAAUUCCUCCGCCUUAUCCUUUUCCACCUCUUUCUGCAUUCCUGACUCAACUUUCAAAAACUCUUCCACCUGUCUUCUUCAGACCAUUAUUUGCGUGUGCUACCUCCGACAAAGAAGUUGUCGUGAUCAAUCAUCUCUGUACUGUGCAAGUACAUUCAAGGUAUAUCGCGGACUAUUGGGUACGGGAUGUAGAAAUGUUGUGUAUGGCUUUGCUUGGAAAUGCUUCUGGUGGUGAAACCCCAGGUUCUCGUGAAGUGGCGCGAUUGGGACAAUUGGUGUUGCUAGUUGAGUUGAUAGGCCGGAUGCAGAAGAUCAGGCAUGGUAAAGAUCCAUUGGCCAACGGUGAUGGCAGAUCAGGCGAACUCCUACGAUUUGUGACUAUGCUUGAGUCGCGGAUCUGGUUGAUGAUUGAAGCGAAGGAACGAACAGCGGUACUGCCCUCGUCUACCCGCAUGUUGUUAGGUAUCCUCUUUCGCGAGUUUAGACUGCUGACACGGUCUUUGAAACCUGCUCCGUGGCUUACUAGAACACUUCGGUGGUUUGAAGAUUUCAUUGCAGACGAAUACAUUGGAGAAUUUGAGGAAGAGGUAACAACUGCCGUCGAACGUAUUCGAGGAUUGUAUGCAGCUGCUCAAGCAGCAUCAAAGCAAGACCGUGAUCGUCCUACUUCGUUGUUGGCUGCCACAGCUUCAAAGUUUGCAAAUAAUUCGACCUCUGGAAAGACGCUCGACCUUGCUUCAACUUUUUCAGAAAAUGAAAAACUUCUCAAAUCACUGGGGAAAGGCUAUUCACCCAAGGCCAUGAAGCUUUUCGUGGCUUUAUCUGCACUUAUUGCCGAAGAGGAAUAUCUCAACCUGGGCCCUUUACUUUGGCAGCAUUGUCUACUUGACAACGUCGAUGCUUCUUCUACAGCAUCGGCCUGCUUUUUAUUAAUGCAAUGCGCUGAGAAGACACCCAUAGAUUUGAAAGCUAUCAUUGAGGUUGAUUUGCAAACUUCGGAUGAUACCACACGUCUCGAAGCUGUACGAAAGAUUGGUAUUUUGACCAACUGGAGAUUCCAGAUAAUCACCCAAAACUUCGUGACUGAUAGGUCUCAUCGCCCCUUCAAACUCGCUCGCCCUCCUCUUCCAUUCAUUGCCGCAGAUAUGGGAACAAGUCUUUAUGUAUACACAGAAGAUUCAGAUGAGAGCAAGGAAAGCGACGACGUUCCUUUAGAGCUGAGACAACGUCUUGCAGAACUCGGCUUUGCUGAAGAGGACGCCGGCGUCAUCGAUCCUAGUCAAGAAUGGAUCAAAACACCGAUGUCUAUUUUGCCCGCGAACCAACUGGACCGGAUGGAAGUUGGCAUUAAUGACCCUGCAUUUGGCAUCCCCACUUCUCCUAUUUCGAGCCCCCAGCCUUCUCCAAGAAAAUUGGGUAUGCAGCGAGACCAGGCCCAAGGUCUGCUGCCAGUUGAAGACGCUGCCGCCCUUCUGCGUCGAAAUUCCAGCACUGGUGGCCCUUUGAGCAGCGUCAAACGACGGGUAGUUUUUGUUCCACAGUUAGCUCUCAUAUUCCCUCGGCUCGCCACUCUGCUCUUCGACAAAAAUGUUGCCGUUGCGGCUGCGACCAGGGCAACAUUGAUGGAUUUGAUGCGAAAUGAUCCCUCUCUUUUGCUAAGACCUAUCUACGAAUGUUUAGCAGGCGAUAACAAGGAUAUGCAGCUCGCAAUAUCAACACUGACAAAGUUAUUGCACGUCCGACGCACCCUUCCUCCUCCCUUUACGCAUAGCGUAUUCAACAAUUUAGCUGGGCUGUUGAAACUUCUGGCCAGAAACAGUGAAAUUAUGGAUUCUCUUCACGACUUCUCACUUGUGCUACCUGUCAUGGCAGGCAUCGCUACUCAGGUCAGUGGUAUGUCAAUCAAGGAAAUCCGGCGAUCCAAGUUAGAGCACUUUAUCAUUCCUUCUGGCUCGCUUUGGUUUACUUCAUCGGCUCCCAAAGGUUCGAUGUUCCCUCGGCACCUAAAACCAACCAGCGAUCCCUUUGAACCAGUUCCUCCAACAUUGAUGGAGAUCACCAUGAUCCGUGUCUCGCAGAAUAUCUUUUUCUACUCGAUGCUCAAGAGAAACUACCAAGAUGUUCAGGUGGUAAGAAAAAAUAUGUCCCGUCUUGUCCUUCCUUCGCUCGAUGAUUAUGGACUGGUAAAGAACUUGGAAAUGAACGACUACAUGCCUCGCAAAAACCCACCAACUAGUAAUCGGCCCCCUAAUCAUAGUACAGUGGAAAUUCUCUCACUUAUGGUGUCUCGGAGUUACCUCCUUCUGGUUGCUCAAAUUUUCCGGUCGAUGCCUCGGCAUCUCAGUGAUCGACAUGAAUUAGCAACUUUGGUCGAUGGACUGAAUAGGGCGCUUGUAGUACAUGGCGAUGACAUAAACAUCGUAAGCCAAGUGCUUAUUGGGUAUAUGGUAGCCAGCACUCGUUUCAGGAGACUUUUUACAUCAGGAGGAGGAUAUUCGCUUUUUAUGCCUGCUCUUGUCAAAGUUUAUACCGAAAAACCAUCCCACCCUGGAAUCCGUUCUGCCAUCGAAUAUGCAAUCAAUCGUUUCUACGCACUCCAUAAAGAUUCAUUCCUGUACCAGGCCAUCAACACCACCGGUCAGCUCGCUAUGCUUCCCGACAUCGAUUUAGAAUGGUUCUCGAAAGGCGUUUACGACUUAUUUGCCUCUCUCAGUAAAGGCUCUUCAACAACGGUUGACGCCGCUGGCAUCCGUAAUGUCAACAAGGCCGAAGAACGCGAAGCUUUGAUUAUUCAUACCGCAGAUGAAAAGCCACAAACUUUCUUAGCGGCAAUACGUCGAGGAGAAUCUCAAACAAGUCGUCAGAUGUCUCUUCAACUCCCUGAUGAAUAUGAAAGCUAUCGUCUCAGUAUGGACGAUUUCGUCCGCUUGUUCUUGACCGUUAUCGCCCAUGAUCUGUCUAUCGCACGUGCUCAACAUUUUCUGCGAUUACUUCGUAUUCUGUCUCCACAUCUUUAUAACGCAUCGGCAUCUACCCGGACCGUGCUGGCGGAUGGCGUUGUCGCUCUUGGUUCCAUCUUAACGAGGGUUUUUUCCAAACCAAAAGGCGGUGAAAAUAUGCCCAAGCCAAUAUUGGAAGAACAAGAUGGUUUAUUACUCAGUCCUGGACUAUCAAGCGAAAACAAUGCCAAAGAAAAAGCGCGGACGCCCAGUGAUUCCAAGAUCAUGAGGUUAGAUUAUUUGAGGCUUGUUCUUGGUCUAGGGUCGGCAGGGGGGCAAAUCACGCUCACAGUUGCCAGACAUACUUUAGAUGUGACGAGAAGUCUUUUAAAGGAUUGGGAUACCAACACAGAUGCUCUAGCAACCUUCUUAGGCGACUUCGUCAAAAUGUUGCUCUAUCGCGAGGAACCGACGGCGCCUAAGGCAGUCGUAUCAUUCCUACAGGAACUUUCGCCAAUUCUCCACGCCUAUCUGGUGUCCGUUAACUUUACGUCAGUGUUCGAGACGGUCUUGAAGUUGACGGAAAUGUCACUCUAUGCCAAUGACUCGAUGUUUGGUGAAGUAGUUGUCAGUGAAAUUGUGACCGCAGGUCUAGCAGCAUGUGAUGUCGCCGCAUCUGAAAACCAACUAAUGACGCUUCAGUACCGACCAGUAUUGAUAUCAUUGAUAGCAGAGGCCAUAUUCCUCAAAGAUGCCGAUGUUUUUAGUGAAAUAGAAAAGCGUCCCCCGACAUAUCAAUUUCUUGCGGGGGUUGUUCUUCCACUGGCACUCAGCAUGAAAACCGAACCUGAAGUCAUCACCGAUGGCUCACGUACCGAUGAACACAGGGAAAAGCUCGCCAUUGCUUGGGUACGUAUUCUGUACUACGCAAUCAAAGCAUGCCAAAGAAGUCGACGAGAUGCAGAAAGUGUUAAUCGUGGUCUCGGUUCAUCUUUUCGAUCGAAAAUGGGUGACAAAAAUCGUCAAGAAGCCUUCUGGCGAUCUCAUUUACCUACUUUCAUGACUGCUCUUCAAGUUAUUAAAGUCGUCGUGGUCCGUGGUGCGGCUGACAUCUCCUAUUUACCACGGAUUGGUAUAUGGGAGAGAUUAUCCUCAUUUUGCAGUUCGAUGUUUGCGGAGGGAAACGCAGACUUUGCUUUUAAGCCAGACAUUAACUCCGCUGCGGCAACCCCUACUGGAUCACCUCGAACAAGCGCACAGUUUGACCUCUCUAGCUCUGGUUCUCGUCUUUUUGUGUCAACAUCCUCUGAUCUUAGCCGACCCACAUCCCCGUCGUCUUUUUCUGAACGAACACGCUUAUUUCGUCGGCCUCGUAUUGUCGACUAUUCGUUGUGGUCCAUGCUUGAGUUUGUGUGCGCUUAUCGCAGUCCACUUCGAAUGCAUCUCAAGGUCUUGAUGAUGGAAAAGGUCGUUAAUCUUGACCACAAAUUACAAAACCAGAGCAGCGGCACCGGGAAUAUGAGUCCUUAUCCAACAUCUCCAAGUAGUCGCCGAGUCUCAACCUCUGUUUUUUCAAAGUCUCGGCAGCGUAUGUCAUCCCUCAUGGUCCCUUCUCCAGAAUCUUCCCCCCGGCUUAUGCCGUCCCCUUCGAACCUUAUGCCCUCACCCUCACUUCUUGAAAUUCCAAGCAGGCGAGCAGGUUAUCAAAUUUCUCCCAUUUCACCACAGGACAAUUCGGGACUGCCCAAAAUCUUGCAUUUAGGACCUGCAUCUCCAUCUACAUUUCCGCCAAUUUCUUCGCCCAUGAUAGGAGCUGGCGUUUCAGGCGCGGGAGCUAUACGGAAUACCAGGAUAAGUGGUGACGGGGGUGAAUCCUCGUCGGCGACACGAACUACGAAAAUCAAAUCUCUGAAGCUUAUUCAUGAAACAUAUAGACGAAUCCGUGGCGUCCAAACUUUUAUGGGGUAUGAUCUACUCCUUCCCAUGCCCGGAUUGGCUGCGUCGAACAGUGAAUCGGCUGCGGCAUCCGGGAGCACGGAAAAAGGGGAAGAAGAUGCUGCUCUGGAAACUUGGACAAAGAAGCAGGCUCUCUCUGCUAUCGUGAAGGAAACCAAGAACUUGAUGGAAGAGUUCGAAGAAGGGUUUGGAAUAGACGACGGUAGUGCGAUUGUCGCAGAUGCGGAUACGCGAACUUCAUAUAGCUCAACUUGA